AUGCAACAUAGUAAAAAGUGUGCGUCGCCAGCUAUAAACGGCCAUAAAGAGGAUCAGCGUCGAUCGCGCGACGAGAUCGCCAUACGUAUCGGGCUCUCGCCUGUGACGCUGCGGCCCAAGAGGUCCGAAGCGCCGCGGACGCGUCGAGCACUAAACGGGACCCAGCGGUGGGGAGCUAGAGCCCCUUUUGGCGAAGCGAGACGGCGCAGCGAGUCUUGGCGGAGCGCACCAAGACAUCGGCUGAAUGGU